AUGACUACGGAGCACACUACGGAGUCUCAGACAAACCCCUUCGUCGCUCCCCCGCGGCCGCCACCGGCACCCAACACCGCCUCGCCUUCGAACUUCCAGCCUGCAUAUUCGGCCGCACCGACCGGUCCAAGCAGUGGAUAUGGCGGACACGGGCCUCGGGCGGGCCACAGCGCCAUCACAGCAUUCGCGCCUCGUUCUGUAGCCUCCAGUCAACCCUACCGUACCAGCAGCCCUAUCGUGUCUGCCCCCCCAACUACAAUCAGUGGCUACUCGACCCCGACCACGACCGGCUACGGCGGCGGCGGCGGCGGCUACUACCCACAAUCGCAGUCAUCCUACCAGAGCGGACCUUCAUACUACGGAGGCGGCGCCCAGUACAAUGAAAACACAUACGGUCCGUCGAUUCCUCGAAUUCAGAACCCCUUCCCACCCGCAGGAGCAGACCAGUCCGGUGCCUACGGCAUGCAGGGGAGGAACUUCGGGCGCAAUGACUCGGGGCUAGACCCAGAAACAGAAGCCCAGAUCGCACAGUGGCAGAGCGCCUACGCGAACAAGGAGGAGGUGCCCAUUCCCGGAAAAAUCCCUGGUCGUCCCGCUGCUAAUCCGGGCUAUGCCGGUGUCGCCUCUGGCACCAACACCCCGUCCGGUGCCAACACAACGGCGAACACUCCAGCACCCGCCAACCCGGAGCCUACGCCGAAGACCGUCGCCCGUGCCGGUGGAGGUCAAAACUGGAACGAUUCGACGCUGCUGGAGUGGGACCCCGCGCAUUUCCGCCUGUUCGUAGGCAACCUUGCCGGUGAAGUGACGGACGAUUCAUUACUGAAAGCGUUCGUCAAGUACUCCUCGGUCCAGAAGGGCCGGGUUAUUCGUGACAAGCGCACGCAAAAGAGCAAGGGCUACGGAUUCGUCAGUUUCAGCGACGGCGACGACUACUUCAAGGCUGCGAGGGAGAUGCAGGGCAAAUACAUUGGAUCACACCCGAUUCUGCUCCGACGAGCCACCACCGAGGUUCGUCCGGUAACCAACAACAAGGGGAAGAAACACGGCGGCGGAGGUGGCUCGGGAGGCGGUGCAGGCGGAGGCAAGGUCAAGCAUGACGGAGUCAAGAAGCACGGAAAGACCAAGGGAGGCCUCCGCAUCCUCGGGUAA